AUGGGUGAGCUUGUAAAUGCUGCAAGAACAUUAGGUGAAACAGGAAAUUUUGUAGAUGGUUUUAAAAGACUUGUUUCAAAUGUUUUAACAAACACAAAGAAAUUAUUUAGAUAUACCAUACAUAACGGACGGAUUUUCGAACAGGUAGCAACAAACCCUCCGGUUAUGGCUGCGUUGAUGAUGGUUAGAGAUAUAAAACCACGUAACGACGGGAACGAAGAACAUGAACAACAGAGCCCAACGGGCUCAGAGCCACAUAGUGGCGAGGAUACUGGUCGGGUUAUUCAAGACAUUAAAAACGUGUAUCCUGAAGUUAUUGAUUUAUUUAGAGGA